AUGGCUCAUACGAUCCUCGCAAAGGCUACCGAGCUAUCUGACGGUGAGCAUAAGAGAAUGCAGCGUCUACUCCAAGCGCUCACAUCACUGUCGGACCAGGCGACAGGGAUGAUGCCUUCGGAGCGUGACAUGGGCAGCAUCAUCGCUUGGAAGCGCAAUCUACCUCGCCCUGCUUUGGAGUGUUUGGGUCACAGUUGGAGGGACCAUGACGAACUGGAUAGGCUGAGAAUCAUAAAGACGUUUGUCGAAAAGAUCAUCGCGUGUGAUGUCGACCGCUCGGCUCACAAGCGCUUUGGACUGAGCGCCUACCAAGAGGGACAGGUCAAGCUGCUAGGCUCGGUCGAGGGUGUCGGAGCAGAGCUAAAUGUUCAAAGCAUCAGCUGA